AAAUCGAGAACCCCGCUGAGAGAGUGCACCAGAUCCAGCAAAUCAUCGUCACUCUGCCCCGGGCUGUCAUCGUUGUCAUGAGAUAUCUUUUUGCUUUCCUUAACCACUUGUCGCAGUACAGCGAUGAGAACAUGAUGGAUCCCUACAACCUGGCCAUCUGCUUCGGGCCCACUCUGAUGCACAUUCCAGACGGGCAGGAUCCGGUGUCCUGCCAAGCCCACGUCAAUGAGGUCAUCAAAACCAUCAUCAUUAACCACGAGAGCAUCUUCCCCAGCCACAGAGAGCUGGAAGGACCUGUCUACGAGAAGUGCAUGACUGGAGGGGAAGAGUACUGCGACAGCCCGCACAGCGAGCCAGGCACCAUCGAUGAAGUUGACCAUGACAACGGCACGGAGCCGCACACCAGCGAUGACGAAGUGGAACAGAUUGAAGCCAUAGCGAAAUUUGACUACACUGGACGAUCUCCACGAGAGCUCUCCUUUAAGAAAGGGGCCUCGCUCCUCCUGUACCAUCGGGCAUCAGAAGACUGGUGGGAAGGGAGACAUAACGGUGUGGAUGGCCUCAUACCCCACCAGUACAUUGUGGUGCAAGACAUGGAUGAUGCCUUCUCUGACAGCCUGAGCCAGAAGGCGGACAGCGAGGCAAGCAGCGGACCACUGCUGGACGAUAAAGCCUCCUCCAAGAAUGACAUCCAGUCUCCGACGGAUCAUAUUGUGGACUAUGGCUUUGGGGGAGUAAUGGGCCGAGUGAGAUUGAGGUCUGACGGUGCAGCUAUCCCUCGCCGUCGAAGCGGGGGGGACACCCACAGCCCGCCCCGAGGGAUGGGUCCUGGCAUAGACACUCCUCCUCGAGCAGCGGCCUGCCCUAGCAGCCCCCACAAAAUACCUCUUAACAGGGGCAGGAUUGAGAGUCCUGAAAAGCGCAGAAUGGCGACAUUCGGCAGUGCAGGCAGCAUCAAUUUCCCAGACAGGAAGGCCUUGUCUGAUGGCCACCCGCUGAGAUCGACCUGUGGAUCGACUAGACACAGUAGUCUCGGAGAUCAGAAAUCUCUAGAAGCAGAAGCGCUUGCUGAGGGAGGGAAGCGCAUUAUCGUCAUCUGA